GGCCACCGUUGGACAAAUUGAGUUUCACACACAAAUUUUAAUUAAAUGUGAUAUUUCAAACGUUUAAUAUUUACUACUUAUGACAUAAACAAUAACUACUCUAAAUAUGGCAAUGGAAAAACAGUUUGUCAUCCGUGAAACCCACGGACGAACGAUAACAUCGUUGGGUUAUAAUCCUAUUCGUCGUGAACUUUUUAUAGGAUGUGAAGAUGGAGUUAUGAAAAUAUAUGAAGCUGAGACUGGCAAAUUACUUCAAUCUGCCACUGAACAUACUGGAUGGGUCACUGACUUUAUAUUUUGGAUGAAUGCUAAAGUUAUGUUAUCAGCUUCAAAUGAUGGCUUCAUUAUGGCCUGGGGCUCUGGAGGACUUCAGGAUAAAAUUAAGAUGGGAAUACCAAUCUACUGCAUGGCCAUCAACCCACGUAGAACUCAGCUCGUGUGUGGGGUCAAUGGUGGAAUCAGAGUGUACAACAUGGAUGAAAGACGAGAAUGCGGCCAUUUUAUCGACCACCACAUGCUGUAUGUUGCUACCGAACACACUGAUCUUGUUCGCAAUAUUGUCUGCUAUGAGUCACGCACCUACUCUGCUGGUUAUGAUAGAAAGCUUGUGAUUUAUGAUUCGUCUUACACCGGAGACAACGGUCUGGAACCCAUUUUCAUAAACCCACAAGCCCAUGAGGCUGGUAUAUCCUGUCUAGUGUUGGGGCGGGAUGCAGAAAAUUCCAUGUGGAUUCUCACAGGUUCCUUUGACAAGACUGUGAAGAUUUGGUCCAUCGAUGGGAAGCUGGUGCACAGGUUGGACAAUUUUAUUUCCAGCGUGUCGGGCGUGUGCUACGUGCCACUCAACACAACCAUAUGGGUGGCUGGAGGACUCACCAAUGCAGUCCUCUAUGAUCCAAAGUCGGGGGAGAAUGUUUCUGAUUUCAUUGGCACCUUUCAGCAGCAAGAAGAUGAAAAAUAUGAGCUUCAGUUGUUGAAAUUCUUUCCUGAGUUAAACCAAGUGGUUGCAUCAACAAGCCGGCGACACCUGAUCGUGUGGAAGUACAACUCGUCGGGUUGUAUAACAGCUGUUAAAUACAAGACGCCUCUUGACUGCCUGUGUUACACUACAAAAUUUCCAAUUCUGAUGUUUAGUGGUGACAGUGAUGGCGUGAUCGUCAAAUGGGAAAGGAUGCAAUCUAACAAUUUCAUGUACAGCAAGGAGUCGUUUCUGUUGACGGACACGAAAUUAAAGAAACAGAAGCGUACGGGGAGUCGUGUUCGACAGAUCAUGAUGCAGCAGGAGGUGAGAUCGGAGACAAACAAAAAUCUCACCAGUCGGUCGACGGCAAACUGGCAGAAAAUGGCACGCCGCGCCGCCAGUCAGUACGCCUUCAACAAGGCUUUAAUACCACCGGUGAUCACCAAACAUCCGAGCACGACGAUUCUGAGGAUUGUCUUUGUCGAGUCCUUGGAUUUCAUUCUGGCGGCUUCGGAAGACAGCAACAUUUAUGUGUGGGGAUUCGACACGUCGGCCGUGGCGGUCCUGAAGAACAUGAAGCCGCUUGACCUGGAGACGCUGGUCGACAAAUACUCCGUCCUCCUGGACACCAAGUCCGAGCUGCGGGAGACGCUGCCUGAACGAGUACCACAGGAAAAUGACUCUGUAACCAAUCGGGUGGCAGGUUUCAUCUGCAGGUAUGUGUUUUCUGAACACCUCAGCAGUGUUACAAGUCUCGUUGUGAUUGGUCGAGAGUAUGGCUUUGACAGAACAUAUGUGCUCAGUGCCGGGUGGGACAGUAGAAUUUGCAUCUGGGAUCUAGAGAAUGGAGAAUUGCACGACACUUUCCGCAGCCCCAUAGUAGAUCGCUUUAACGAGAAGCUCGACAUCGCCUGCGACGGCGUCAUCCUUGAUAUGGACUACAGCCCUGACAAUAAUGAAUUUGCAUAUGCCUCAAGUGACAAGAUGGUCUACAUACGGACGUUCUCCCCAGAUGGGUUGAAGAUGGUUUUGGUCAGCACACUCCUCGGACAUGAAGGAGACGUCACCUGUGUACACUGGAAUAAAAUAACCAAAAAAUGGGUCACAGGUUCUGAAGACGGAACAGUCAGAAUUUGGUCUGGGACGGGCCUGACUGAGUGUGAACAGGUGUUGGCUGUGCGUGGAGAUGUCCGCUGUAUGUGUAUAGAUAAAGUUAAUGGUGCUAUAAUCGCAGGAGUGGAAGAAACCAUCAAGGUGUACGAACCAGAGAGUUAUCGACUAGUCCAGACCAACGUGGGUCAUUCAGACUCUGUGCGCAGUAUCAUCCACAUUCCUGAACGAAGUCAGUACGUCACGUGUUCGUGGGACAAAACAUUUCGAGUGUGGAAUGCCUGGAAACAGGUUCGCCGCUUCAAGCAAAAAGAGUCGCCGAAAACCGGCAACAAGGUGAAAGUGCCACACGAUUCUAAAGUGGUGUGGGGCAACCUGGACGCUAACGACGAGAAGAAAGAUCCCGAAAAGGGAGAGCACUGCCAGACUGAGACUGGUGACAAGAGUAACAAUAGUGUCAGUCAGGAAACGGAGGCCGAAAGUCCAGACAUUUACGAGAUAAAACAGGAAAACUAGCGUCAUGGAUUGACGACAUGCAGUGUGAUAUUAGUCUCUUUAGUAAAUGGCUGUGUAUGAGUACGAGAUCUCAGACUGUGACCAGUUAUAUUCUGUUGCUCAAAGUGCGAAAUGCUGAAAUUACCAUCACUUUUUGGUAGAUCAGAGUGUACGCUUAAAUUACAGUGGCAUUAGUUUAUCACUGAUUGGAAGUAAAGUAAUUAUUAAAAAAAAAAUCCGUCUCAGAGCAUGAAGACGUAAAUCAUAGUGAAAUUUUAUUGUAGAUUGGUGUUAACCCCUCAGUUACAGUGACUUUUUAGAAAGUUCAAUGUGUAAACUACUAAAUGAGAGUGACUUUUAAUUGUUCUCUAAAGUAAAGCACAUUUUACAGUAAAGUGGUGGAAAGUCGUAUUUAAAAAAAUAUUUUUUUUUAUACUGUCAUAGAUAAAGAUUUAACUGUGGUAUUGGACUGAGAAAAUUAGAAUAUUAAUCACAAACUUAUCUUAAGUGCUUGCUUAAAAUAUACCUUUUGGACAGACAGAUGAACUGACAGGUGGAUAAAUUGGUCAAUGAAUAAUGAAAAGUUGAAACGUGAGAUACAAAUAUAUGUGGGACAAACAAAUGAAUUAAAUUAUCAAACUAACAAAGUUGAACAAUUAAACCAAAUAUUAUUGUGUCAACAUAGCACAAAUAUGUGUUGGUAAAAUAUGGCCACUACAUUUAAUAUUUGUUAUUGUUACCAAAAUGUGUCUUAUUAUUAACCACAGGUUUUUUUUUUCUUUAAAUAAUCUGCAAGUAAUAUUAAUUUCAUAUCAUUCAAGUUAACACUAACGUAUGAAUUGGCGAACGCACAAUGCGACACAAAAAUGUCUUGUGUCAUCUUUACACACAUUUCGGUUGGCCAAACAUGGCCAGGUCAUUUUAAUUGUAUUUUUCCAAAUAUUUUUUGGACACCAAAUCUGUAUCUGUGAUAUUGUUAAUUUUCUAAGCUUUAUACAUGUAUUUUUAUGAUACAAGCUGAGGCUUUUAUAUAGAUGUGGCUUUUCUCAGUGCACUGCAGAAAGAAUUUGAUUGGUUGCUCAAUGUGUGUUGAAAUCAUGUUUUGUUUCUCUCUCUUUUUCCUGUUUCUUAUUGAAAUUUGGUUAUGCACAGUGAGAGAAAGUAAUUAAUGCACAGUGAGAGAGGCCAGGUUAAAUAUUCGUGAGAGGAAAACCAUCAAAGUUUUUUCUUCGCUUAGGAUUUUAAUAAAUGGGGAAAACUUUACAGAUAUCUUAGGACAGUUUCAUUUUUACUGUAUUAGAUGAUAUCAGAGAAUAGUGAGUAUGGACAGAACUACAUGUGGGUUCUCUUGGAGUGCCAGUGGGGGAGGAGUGUGAUAUCUACCAGAUCAUUAACGGGCUGUUUUAUCCUAAUAAUCCAGAGCAUCCAGGUUAUGAAAACUACAUUUAAACAUGAAGUGAAAACUUGAUACACUAUUCAUAGAUUCAAGAUGUGUCAUUUAAAAAAAGGGGCGUAUUGUCUCGAGGGUGGGACUAUACUCCUCCCCCAACCCACCACCAAUUUCAGAUCUGCUCCUGAUAAGGAGAGUCAUAAGACAGGUGGAGGGAUAAAUAAAGAAAAGUAUGAUGUUAGGCCACAUGAGAUAAUGGUAGAAAUCUGGGAUAAAGAUGCCCGUUAUAUAUGGUGGCCCCAAAUACUAUUUAUGCUGUAUUAGACAAUUUCGGACAUGGCUUCUUAAAGAUAGAUGACUUUUGAUAGAUUUGAGCACGUUUGACUGUACAUCAGUUGGCUUCUUUUUUUGUAAAUUUUUAUCAUUCAUAUACAUUGUACCCAUCAUUUCUUGUGCUGUUUAUUUAUUAUGCACUUCAUGUUAUACAUUUAUGCAGUUAAUGUGCAAUCCAUAAUAACACGUACUAGUAUAUAAUUAAUUCUGCUUGAUUUUAGCGAUAAUUAUUACCAUUACAGAAUUUUAUCCUAUGUUGUGAUGUUAUUAUUUUUCAUACCCUAUGUAAUUAUACUACUGACUCCCAAAAACUCACUCCAGCUAGUGCACCAUGACUGGUACAUCAAAGGCUGUGGUAUGUGCUAUCCUGUCUAUGGGAUGGUGCAUAUAAAAGAUCCCUUGCUGCUAAUCAAAGAGAGUAGCUCAUGAAGUGGCGACAGCGGGUUUCCUCCUUCAAUAUCUGUGUGGUCCUUAAACAUAUGUCUGAUGCCAUAUAACCAUAAAUAAAAUGUGUUGAGUGCAUUGUUAAAUAAAACAUUUCCUUCUUCUUCUGUCUCAAAAAGGGAAAUUGGCUUUAGGCAGACUCUUUAUAAAUUAAAUUGGAAAUGGAGCUUCCCUAUUGGUCAGUUUAAAAUGACUGACCGUCUGCUAGGAUGAAAACAGAGAAAUUCAGUAGGAGUGCUUUAUAGUAGUUAUUGAAAACCUGACUAGACUGCCCGUUUUACAUAGAAAACAUGACAUUUAUCAUACAUGCUUCCUGAAACAUUCAUGGAUGUGUAUUUUCACGUCCUAUAUACAUGUAUGUCUAUUACUUGCCAUGACACUAUCAGUAUUAUAGAGAUUUCAAAAAAGGAUCCGAAUUUGAAAACCACAAAGAGAAAAUGUCAAGAACAAUGAUUACAAAAUUGUUUCAACUUGGGUUAAAAACUUAGCAUAAAAUUUCUUAGGGUAGGGUAACGAACAAGGUGUCACGUCUAGGUGAAAUAUCAUUAAAUAACAUUUGGUAUGUAUGUAGAAUUUUAAUUUUCAGAUGAAAUAGUGGAGGGUAUAUUUUGUGGGAAAUGUUAUCUUUUAGUAGAGGACAUUUAUAUUGUUAGACAAGAGGGCUUAAUGUGUAUGGGUGGGGAGGGGUGGAUUGUUUUUAACAUUUCCCAUGGGACAUGCACACACCCAUCAACCCCUGGUACAGGCCUUUAACAUUUCAGGGCAGCACCUACCAUUUCCUUAGUCCAUUUGGACUCUUCUGUUAAUCUUUCCUAGUAACAAAAACAUUCAGACAUUUAAGUUCUGCUAAUGGAAAAAUGUAGCGGGUUUCCUCCGAUUACUAUAUGUCAGAAUUACCAAAAAUGUUUGACAUCCUAUAGCAGAUGAUUUAUAAAUAAUUCUUGAUGUUUUGCCUUUUACCAUAGUUUGACACCCAAUAGCUGAUGUAUUUUUUAUGUUGGGGUGUUGUUAAACAUCUAUUCUAUUCAAAACAAACUAACUUCAGUUGUCUGAAAUAUCGAAACCGACAGUUUUUCUCACUAAGCUCACUAUUCCUUGACCCAAAGUAUAAACCGGGUCAGGCUAGAGUACACUCGGGCAGUAGUGAGAUGGUAUUGGUGUACACGUAAGAAUUAUUUACUUGUACCUUCUCUGAAACAUAUUGCCAAAAUAAAGACUUUAUAAUGAAUUGCCAAAGAUGUAUAAAUUCGCUCGUACUCGUUUAUUGUUGAAUUUGUGAUAUUUUUCUAAUGUUUUAGUAAGAUCUGAAGUCUUUUACUACCUUAUAUGGAUUUUACAUUGGACAUCGAUCUGAAUUUAGAAAAUGAUAUGAGAAUGUAACUGGACCAGUUGUUUUACUGUAAUAAACUAUUUGUGUAUCAAA